AUGGCGGCCUCGCGAUCUAUUUCGUCCAAAUUAAGCCACGUUCAUUUGAACGGCCAAACCCUGGAAGGGGGCGGGCAGCUGGUUCGAAUCGCCAUCGGGCUGUCUGCAUUGACUGGUCGUCCAGUUAGCAUUGAUCAUGUUCGCGGAAACAGAGAUGGAAAGAAGGGGCUCAAGAGAUCUCAUGCCGCAGCAGUGAAGCUGUUGGCCGAGAUUAGCGGCAGCGAAGUCUCGGGAGGCGAGGUUGGCUCCCAGUCCUUGAGCUUCUGCCCACAGUCAACCAGAUCGAAAAGUGGUCCGCUCCUGGACUUGUCGCAAGUCAGUGUGAAGUCUGAAUACGACAUCAAGCUCUCAACUGCCGGUGCCAUCUUUCUCGUCUUCCAGGCACUCUACCCGUAUCUGCUUCAUGUUGGAUCGCAGGCGGCGACACCCUUUGUGAAAGUGAACAUAACUGGUGGAACCAACGCUACCUUCUCUCCAUCAUAUGACUAUGCAGCGCAAGUUAUUGUGCCCAAUUUCGCCAAACUCGGACUUCCUCCCCUGUCCGUUAUUCUUCAUAAGCGCGGCUGGACAACGGGGCCGGUUGACCUGGGAGAAGUGACUUUUCUCAUAAAUCCACUCGGGUCUAAUUCAAAUGACGAAAAUCAACACAAGCAGUCAUCAGAAAAAGACCGGGCACCUGAGCCUCUAUCCAGCUUCCCACAAAUCAACUUGAUGGAUCACGAACGCGGGAAAGUCACGCAAAUUGAUAUCACAGUGCUAGCACCUGACCAACCCACUUUGAACAACAACACAGAAGGCACGGGGAGCACUCUUCGCCAAUUUAUCGAACAAGGCACUCGACGCCUGCUUCGCCGUGAAACGAGAAAGCUGGAUCCAUCUAUAUUUGCUAAGAGCUCUACUCCUCCACGUGAAGAUACUCUCAGCAAAAUAUCAUCCAAAGAUACACCAGUUCCUAUCAAAAUACACACAUCGGAAGCCACAAAUCACCGCAGCCACGUAUACAUCCUUCUUGUGGCCCAUACCUCUUCAGGUUUCAGAAUAGGCCACGAUAUUCUUGGCAAUAUAGGAGGCGAUCGCCUGCACAAGCCAAAGAACAAGGGGAGACAAAAGCAACAGCCAGCUCAUGAUCAUAGGCACGAAUCUCAAACCGAGGCUGCAUUUUCUGGGGCUGCAGAUUUAGUCCGCCGAUGUGUGGAAGGAUUCAUUGAGGAAAUCUCAAACGAGAGUCCAAAUGCCAAUGCAGACAAGAAACCCGAUUCCAUCGUCAGAAGAGCCUCUUUAGAUAAACAUAUGAGAGACCAAGUUGUUGUUUUCGAAGCACUUGGAAAGGCCUGUCACGCAGGGCAUGGCAACAAAGCAAGCGAUACCGAAACUCUGGAGGACGAACGAGAUUGGACACUCCACACGAAGACCGCACAGUGGGUGUGCGGGCAGAUUUUGAACGUGUAG